CAACAUAUGAGUUUAUCAAACUGCACCUUCUCAAUGGUCAUUUUGAAUGAUCGAAUCAGAAAGGAACAAGCAAACAAUUACAAACUGCAUAUAAACGUGACAAGCACUAGUCACAUUGUUUAACUGUUCGUUUCAACCAGAAUAUGAGGUGAGUGUCCAGUGAACCCAUUCACCGAAUCACUGUAUCAUACAAAUUUCGAUUUGAUUGAGUGAGACGAGAUGACGGUGUUUUGUUCAUUUCAACCAUUUCAGAUACAGUUCUCCAACUGCAUGAUCGAUUCAUACUGUUCUAUUCGAUCAUUGUCUGCCUUACCGAGUUAUUCGAAUGUCAACAUAUCUGUGAACAACUCGAUUUAGAGAAGAAAGAAUGAGUGUUUCUCGAGAGUGAUGCAUAUGAAUAUGAGAGUAAUCAGUCAGAUGCUAAUACACAUAUUCAAUAUCUUCAUUAUUAUUAUUCGCAAUUAAUUCGCCAAAAUCAAUCUUAUCCAGUUUGUAUUGGGAGUAUGUUUGAAGCUGAUUCGUCUCACUUGACCUGGAUACACGUUGCAAUAGAUUCAGUCAUGCAAAUAUGUGCAUCUCUUCGUGUUAUUCGUGCAACAUUCCACUUACAAGAUUAUGGAACUGAUGUCAGUAUAUUCGAGAUUCGUGAUGACGGUAUGAUACGAAAGUGUGGAGAAGACCAACUCGGAUAUGUGGACGGUCUGAUACCAGUCAAUUCGUAUUCUCAUUUUCACGUUUUCCAUCACAGUGAGUUCACUCAUUAUUCUGUAAUAUUUUGUGUUGUUUGUUUCGCACAUUUAUUCUGCAUAAAUGGAUCGGUUAUUAUUACACGGUGAUUAUUACACUGGAACUGACCACAGAAUCAUCGAGAUCGAAUUGAUUGGAUGGAAAUAGUCAACCAAUCAAGUGAUGAUAUAAUUGACCAAGUCAACAUUAAAUACUGUCCAAUAGGUCAGGCAGUCAUUCAAUCAGUGAGUCAGUGACUUAGUUUAUUCAAACUAUAAUAGGGGAGAUAUUUCACCAACACCAUGUUUGUUGGAAGAUUCAAUGAAUCACACUGAUCACAUAGUAAACAAUAAGCGAAUUUGUGUGAGAUUUCAGCUCGUAGCAUUGAAACUUUUGGAGUGUUAGAGUAUACGUGAUAUCCUCCAACCCUUGACCAGCACAUUCUUCAUCGAAUUUAACGUUCUCAUGUUACUGUCUUCGGUCAGCGUUAUAUCUAACAUUUUAACAGUUGAAUUCAUGAGUGGAUCUGAGCUUCAGGCAAGAUGAUAACUCAUGUGAAAACUCACUCGGUAUUCAUAUGUAUGUUUAUUGAAUGAAAUCGAUAUUGACUGAUUUUAUUUGGAUUAUUUCAGAGAGAUUAAUCUCUGUCAAGUGGUAUAUUGAUCAGCAAGAAGUUGGUGUAAGCAAACGUAAGUAAACGUGAAAUAAUUGUUUAAUCAUAUGUGAAGUGUCAACGCAUAUACCUUCGUUGAUCAUGAUCACUGGUGGUUGUGUAUUGAUUGCUCUCCUACAUACCACGCAAUCAUCUCGUUGCAAUGAGAUGUUCAGGUCUCGUUGCAACAUCAAUCUUGGUUUGAACAUUAGCACUGAGUGGAUUUAUUUAGGUAUGAUACAGUGUUUCAUGAUUGAAUGUGAAACAGUGCACUACAUAUUUGAUCGAGCGGUCUGUGAUCAUUGGUUGACAUUGAUUAUUGUCACUCGUAACAGUGAAUCUCUAUGUUGACAGUUUGUGGCAUGAAGCGUGAGAUAAUCUGCAACGAGUUAAGCAUAUUCUCUGAGCAUGUUACACUGAUAUGUUUGUGAAAUAGAUCAGAAAUCGAACAUGAUUAUCUCUCAUUGACUGAUUGAACAUUGAUUCCAGUUGAUCACAACCGAAUCUAAUAAUAAUGUGUUGUCUUUGAAUGAUACUGUAGUGAUAUGACGGGAUAGAAUGGGACAGUGGAAUUUCAACUGAUUGUGAAUAUACUUCUGCAUUGAAUAUCGAAUCGCUGUCACAAUGAAUGACGCAGUGACUGGUGUGAGAACAUGUCAAGUUGAGUUGUAGAAGUGAAACGAAUGCUCCAGUUCAAUGAAGAUUUGUUCAUUCAAUCUCGCUGAGUGAUGAUCGGUGCAUUGAAGGAAGGUUAAAGUUUAACUACAUUUCUGAUGGUUCUAAUUCAAACGUUGUAUAUACUCACAAUCCAUUCACUGUUAAUCGAUGUGCGAAAUGUGUUUUAAAUGAGUCACUUGCUGAUCACAAUUGAGAUGUUGUGGUGACAGAAGUUGGAUUGUCUCACACCUUGAAUGUGCCACGUAGAUUCUCCACUCAAUUCUAAAAUGAUCCAAUUGAUAUAACAAGUGUUUAUGUGAUGAAAUCAAAUCCGAAAUUUUGCAACCGGAAUCAUGCACACAUUUGCAUGACUGGAUCUGUUGCAACGUGUAUCCAGGUCAAGUGACACCAAUCACCUUCAAUACAUCUUCCAAUUCUAACCGGAUAGGAGAGAUCAAUACGGAAUAUAUGUGAAUAAUAAUAAUGAUGAGACUGAAUAUGUGUAUUGGCAUUUGACUGGUUACUCUCAUAUCCAUAUGCAUCACUCUCGAGAAACACUCAUUCUUUCUUCUCUAAAUCGAGUUGUUCACAGAUAUGUUGACAUUCGAAUAACUCGGUAAGGCAGACAAUGAUCGAAUAGAACAGUAUGAAUCGAUCAUGCAGUUGGAGAACUGUAUCUGAAAUGGUUGAAAUGAACAAAACACCGUCAUCCCAUCUCACUCAAUCAAAUCGAAAUUUGUAUGAUACAGUGAUUCGGUGAAGGGUUUAACUAGACUUGCACAUAUUAAGCAUUGAAGCGACACACUAUCAGAGGCGUAUCUACGUCUGCCCAAUGGAAAUGUGAUGUUGAACAUUUGUGAGGAUUGUGCACGUCUAUGUAUUGUCAUGUGAUGAAGUUGUAUUUUCGUGUUGCCUUCCAGUGACUUCCGUUUAUUUUCCAAGAUAAUUAUUGCCACAUAGUGUCCUGAUUAAAGCACAACACAAUCCAUACCGAUUCACCUCAAUACCCAUAAAAUAUUUCCUAUUACAUGCCCAUUCCUGUAAUUUGACAGCUACUACAUUCCAGAUGGAUAAAAAUCCAAACACUGAUAUUCACAAUAAUACACACUCUCAACUCGUCAACAUUUUCAUCACGUUUCUUCUCUAUGAUCAUUCUUACUAUCCAUACCAUUGUGUACACGUUAGCUCUGUUGUUGCUUCGUAACUUGAUCUGUGAUCUUAACUGCUGUAGUAAACGUCAACACCUUUAUCUAAUUUGCUGAUAAGGUCCGGAAAACGACAUACGCCGAGUUUUUGUAAGUCGCUGUUAAACAAAGAAGUUAAGACGAAAUGUCAACUCCACGGGAUUCUUUUUUUAUGGACCAGUGCAUGUAUCUUGCUGCUGUACAAAACUCUUCAGUCCAUUUUUGGUCCGUACGAUAUGAUAAGAAUGUGUUUGAAUCGUCAUUGUCAAAUCCAGGCAUCCGUAACUUGGAGAUCCCUGAUUCUCCUUCCUUGACUUACAAGCCUCAAAUGACAGUAACGUGUUCGCUACGGUCGAUUCAGUGGGAACCUCGGUCUUGUAAGCUAGCUGUUAUUGAUAAUUCUGGUUCUACUAUUUUCUUUCGACGUCUGUAUACUGGCAAAAAUCAUGUAUAUGAUCAAAACGCAUCAGAUAUAACUACUUUCAGUUUGCUAUCACAUAGUUUCACAGCAACUUGCAUAGCUUUUCCGCAAAGAUCAGGAAGAUAUCUAGCUGUUGGGACUAGUGCUGGCCCAAUAAAUUUAUACAAAUGCCAAAAACAAAUUUCUUUUUAUUCGCAGUUACGCUUCAGUAAUAAUUCUGAAAGAUCAUCUUCCAAUGAAAUGCAGCCUAGGUGUGUCAUCUGGAUUUUAAAGGACCGUGUUGUUGCUGCUGGAUAUAGUAAUGGAUCUAUUGUCUUAUUUUUAGCUGCGUCUGGUACGUCUACAGGUGAAUGUGAGAAUUUCAUAUUACCAUUUCCUUCAUAUCCCGAAAACAACAGUCCUUCUACACCUGCAUGUAAUAUUUUUAGAACUUGCAGAGGAAACAAUGAUUCGUUAUGUUGUGGUUAUUCUGAUGGAUCUAUUAUUUUAUGGUAUUUAGACUGGCCUAUUGUUAGGCCUACAGAGAAGUUAAUUUUUUGUCGCUGGGAUCCUAAAUCUUUUCUAUCCACUUCGAUAAACACGAAUAACUGUGAAUACUGCAUGGAUAUGGCCUUGUCAAUUGGUGGACGAUUUUUUACUGCAGGAGCACCGGAUAUGAAUUUACGUAUGUGGCAAGCGUCUCGACUUAAAUUAUUACCAAUAAAAACGUUGUCACCGAUUGAUGAACAACAUGGAUAUUUAAGUGUUGCUGUCUCUUUGGACACAAACAUUCUUGCAACUGGCUUAGCAAAUGGUAAUAUUUGGUUUUAUAAUAUACCUGAUUUUACUUCACCUAUCCGUUGUGUUUCCUCAGGAUUGAAUGCUCCAAUAAGCUUGCUUUCGUUCUCUUUUGUUUAUCGGACUAGUGACGAAGUUAAGUUUAGCUCCCCAAAAUCCAAUUGGCUUGAAAGUUUACAGGACGAGAACCUUGAUGCGAAAUUGUAUGGAAAUUCAACUUCAGUACAGAGUAUUGUUACAGACACACUACUGAGUUCAUCAAAACAACCACUUCAUGAAGUAACUAAUAUUAUACCUAAAUGUCAACCUGAUACAUGGGUAUCAUUAUUUCGUGAGUUUUCCGUACCAGACAUUUCAUUACAUUCAAAUUCCAGUAUGUUUCCAUCAUCUGAUCAAGGUUCUGUAAAAUCUAAUUGGUCAGAAGUGAAUAUCGAUAAUGUAGAGAAAACUGUAUCAUUAAGACCAGAAUCUAAUAUAGAUGUUAAUGUUGUAAACAUUAAUCAACAAUUAAAAUCAGAUUGUCAUCAUCUUAAAGAUCCUGUAAAUCUCAAUUCAGUUCAUGUCACAAAUGAAUGGUUAGAACAAUAUUUCAAUGUUAAACUUCAAUCUAUGAUGUCUCAAUUGAAUUGGUCACAUAAUGAAUUAUUAUUUAAAUUUACUAAAUUAGAAUGUAAACUUGAUCAAAUGCGUAAAGAGUUUCAUAAUGUUAUUAAUCAAAUGAAACAUGAAAAUAAUUCACUACAACAUGCACUAAGUCAACAUACACAAUAUUAACUUUUGUACUAUUCGUUCUUUUGUUUAACUUUUAUAAUUAUCCUGUAUAUUUAUUCAGAUAUUAUUUGUACAUUAUAUAAUAAUGCUAAUGAGUGGGAUUUAUUCUUAUCAGUCAGUCAGUCAGUCAAUAACAACGUAGAACUUCGUACGUACGUACCACAUUAGCACAGAGAUGCAGUUAUCGAUUCAAAUCCUGUAGUGGUAGAGGUAGUAAGAGUAAAAGCAGUAAUCGGAAAGGUUAGGGUUUGGAGAUGUUAUUUAUAGA